AUGAAAAGCAAUCGCAUCAUAAUUCCGACAAUAUUAAGAAAAGACAUUAUAAAAAGAAUUCAUCUUGGGCAUCCCGGAAGAGAUCAAUGCUACAGAAGAGCUCGCGAUUCGGUAUUUUGGCCAGGAAUCAAUGACCAAAUUAAACAAGAAGUCUCUGCAUGCGCAACAUGUGCUGAGAACGCAGACAACCAACAGAAACAACCAUUGCAAACAACCGAAAUUCCAAAAUUGCCGUUCGAGAGAGUAGCUAUCGACAUAUGUGAAGUUCAAGCAAAAAACCAAAAGAAACACAAUCUAUUAGUCACCGUAGAUUAUUUCUCAGACUACAUUGAAGUAGACUUUCUUUCUUCCUUAACAGCAACAAACGUCAUCAACUGCUGCAAACGAAAUUUCAGCAGACACGGAAUCCCCAAAAUUGUGGUAUCCGACUGCGGACCACAAUUCACGAGUCGAGAAUUUCAACAAUUCGCAAAAGAUUGGAACUUCAAGCUUUCAAUGUCAUCACCAUAUCAUCACCAAGCAAACGGUAAGGCAGAGUCAGCAGUGAAAAUUACAAAAAAGAUUUAUGAACGCAGCAUCAAAUCGGGUGAAGAUUUUUGGAAAGCUCUUUGUGAACAUCGAAAAACAUCCAAAACAGAUUUACCAAGACCAGCACAAAGACUUUUUGCAAGAAGACUCAGAACAUCCAUUCCAACAGCUAAAUCCAAUCUCAUACCAGAAGUACAACAAAAUAUCCCAGCAAUGAUUCUAGAGAAGCGAGGAAAAAUGAAAAAAAUAUUUCGACCGAACAGCCAGAACAUUACCAUACAUCGAAACCGGACAAGACGUUUACUUCCAAAAGCAACCAGAAUCUAA